GUGACAUAAAGGGAGCUGCUUUUUCUCCUCUUCCUCCCCACUGCACUGAGCGCGUUUGAGACAGCCCUGUCGGUUUAAACCGGGAGGACACCCAUACCGACUUCUCAAUGCAAAAAAAUAAAAGGGUAGCUAGAAGCAGGGGCGAGGGGAACGGAGGUAAAGCGAACUCUCACGGUCUGUCUCUCUCUCUCUUUCUCUCUCUCUCUCGUUUUUAUUACAUGAAUGAAUGAAUUGAGUAGUAAGGGACAAAUACAAGGAAUCACGCCUCCGCCUGGACGACCAAACGCGUUUGAUAUUUGACUUGUGUUCAAUGGUACGUGUUUGCAUCUGUACAUUUUCGGCGAAAACCAGAGUAGGACGUCUCAUCCCGUCAUUUGAAACACUUCAGAAGGCGUAGCAGCUGAAAGUCCUCGCGGUGAACAUGGCAACUUUAACGAACGGACAGGUGGACGCCGCGGUGCAUGGAGGAGCGGCCAGUACGAACGGGCUCGUGAACGGAAUAAGCCACACUCACAGUCCCGCGAGCUGCGCCACCAUUCCCAUGAAGGACCAUGAUGCCAUCAAACUAUUCAUCGGACAGAUACCCCGCAACCUGGACGAGAAGGACCUCCGGCCGCUCUUCGAGGAAUUUGGCAAGAUCUACGAGCUCACCGUGCUGAAAGACCGCUUCACUGGCAUGCACAAAGGCUGUGCCUUCCUCACAUACUGUGCAAGAGAAUCGGCGCUAAAAGCUCAGACCGCACUUCACGAGCAGAAGACGCUACCUGGGAUGAACAGGCCAAUCCAGGUGAAGCCAGCUGACAGUGAGAGCAGGGGAGACAGAAAACUUUUUGUUGGCAUGCUGAAUAAGCAGCAAUGUGAGGACGACGUGCGGCGCCUUUUUGAGUCCUUCGGAAGCAUUGAGGAGUGCACCAUCCUCAGAGGUCCUGACGGAAACAGCAAAGGUUGUGCGUUUGUGAAGUAUUCCACUCAUGCAGAAGCUCAGGCCGCUAUUAGUGCUUUACACGGCAGCCAAACUAUGCCUGGUGCUUCUUCCAGCCUGGUGGUGAAGUUUGCAGACACAGAUAAGGAAAGGACCAUUCGACGCAUGCAGCAGAUGGCUGGUCAGAUGGGCAUCUUCAAUCCGAUGGCCCUGCAGUUUGGAGCGUACGGUGCCUAUGCACAGGUUCAGCAGCAGGCAGCGUUGAUGGCAUCAGUGGGUCAGGGAGGAUAUCUCAGCCCUAUGGCGGCUUUUGCUGCCGCACAGAUGCAACACAUGGCCACCAUCAAUGGCCUCCCAGGGGCUCCCAUGACCCCAACAUCGGGUGGAAGCACACCCCCUGGCAUCACGGCUCCCACGGUGACCAGCAUUCCAUCUCCAAUCAGUGUCAACGGUUUCACAGGGCUGCCUCCACCUCAGGCCAACGGCCAGGCCCCAGCGGAGGCCAUGUUUACCAAUGGAAUCCAUCCUUACCCAGUUUUGCAGGAAGUGGUGUUUAGGGAAGACUCGGAGAAGGGCGGCCUUGGCGUGGCACAGAGAAGUUGUUUUGGGGUUCAGGGAAGCUGCUUCCUGUCGUCUCUCUCUGAAGCUCAGAGUCCCACUGCAGCAGACCCCCUGCAGCAGGCCUAUGCUGGAGUCCAACAAUAUGCAGCAGCCUUCCCCGCUGCAUAUGGACAGAUCAGCCAGGCCUUUCCCCAGCCGCCUCCCAUCAUCCCUCAGCAACAAAGAGAAGGGCCAGAGGGCUGUAACCUGUUUAUUUAUCACCUCCCUCAGGAGUUUGGGGACGGCGAGCUGAUGCAGAUGUUCCUGCCUUUCGGUAAUGUCAUCUCCUCCAAAGUGUUUGUGGAUCGGGCGACAAACCAAAGUAAAUGCUUUGGCUUCGUGAGCUUUGAUAACCCGGGCAGCGCUCAGGCCGCCAUCCAGUCCAUGAACGGCUUUCAGAUCGGCAUGAAGAGACUCAAAGUGCAGCUGAAGAGGCCAAAGGACGCCAACCGCCCAUAUUAGCCCCGUCCCUCCCCCCAGCCACCCCUGACCCUGGGGGUGAAGGCCGCCGCAGCGCACAGGGAACGACAGGUUUUGUAGAGCUGGAACACAUGUUGAUAACAUGCCAAAUGUAUUUGAAAACACAACAAGAUCAAGAUCAUUGGGGCUGGGGACACAGUACAGCUGAAGCAGAACAUGAGGAAGAUGUAGCCGCGUGAUAUACCACCACCACCACCACCACCACCAGGCUCAAUGGACCUUUUUGGACUUCAGUGUUUAACUCAGGGGAGCCGCGGUGUAACUGGACCAUACCGUACUCCCUUCUCUGAACCCCCAAGCCCUUAUUUUGCAGGACCACAGGACAUAUUACUGAAGACCAACACAAAAAUAUAUAUAUAUAUAUUUAAAAAAAGAAAAACAAUGUAAGCCCUCAGAAGGCUCUGAAUCUACGAAUAAGUAGUAUGGGGGGAAAAACACUUUUUAAAACUAAGAUAGACUUUUAGAUGGAAAUCAUGUAAUAUUGAACACGUCUUUGGGAAAACUUUUUAAAGAACUGUUUUAGAAACCAACAAAACGGAUUAAAAAAAGAACAAAAAAACUUGAAAGACAGAACUUUUUGGAAGGAUGUGACAAUUCAGGACACAAACUUGCUUCGACUCGGGAUGGCCAACUUUUUUUCUUGGAGUGCCUGUCCGUUUCCAGGGGCAAUGGCUGCCACAAAUCGCAGCCUCCGUCCGCUGGGAGACUUACCUGUCAUUCCUUAGUUGUGUAGGGACCAAAUGACCAAACCUUUUUAUCAGAAAUGAAAAAAAGAAAAAAAAAAAAAGAGGGAAAAAAAAAAAAAAAAAAAAGACUCAUACCUGUAACAUAAUCGGACCACUGCAUCUCUUGCUGUGCCAAUCGGUUAGAGUGGUAUUUAAAAAAGAUAUAUGUAUAAAAAGAACAUAUAUGACUAUAUGCAUACAUAUAGAUUGCUGAUAUGCUUUUGAAUACUGGCAGAACUAUUUCCGAUGGUCCGUCGAGGCCGUUCACUUCGCUAGUUUACAAUUACUGCUCAAAAUGAAGAAUAUUUAUUUUUAUUUCUCUUCUAGUUUUUCUCUGUGGCGAGAGAAAGGGUGCAUGGGAAGGGUUGUUCCAUAAUGCAGCCUUACCUUUUCUAUCUUAUGUCCUGACCUUGUAGUUAAGAGACCAUCUUAAAGAGGUUUGAGAUAAACAAUCCUGUUUAUAUAUAACGUACAUACGAUAUGUAUAUGUAUAGCAGACGACGUUCAAGCAAUAUGUAUUCAUAUUUAUGCACCUGUACAGCAUAUAUAUGGAUACAUACGAUAUUAAUCCCAAAACCCAUAUAUGUAUUUAUAUGCAUAUAUUUUAUAUGUGUGUAUAUAUAGAAACUGGCUAUUCAAUAUGUAGAGCUGUAAUUUUUUUGUAGAUUUAAGCUGGAGUUUGAAACCUCUGCUCUGCUUUGGACUUUUACCACUGGGAAGAAUCUCAAAUCGGCAGCUGCAAUCUGCAGGCAUUCCUCUCGAUCCGAUAUAACGUUCCGUAUCCGCCAACACACACACACACACACAGAUUCCGUUUGUGUAUAUAUGUGUAUAUGCUACUUACAAAUGCAAAAAGGCCUCCUCUCGUUUGAGAGUUUAAAAAGAAUCAGGAUCAUUACGAAAUAGUACAGAAUACGGACAUAUCUGCCUCCCGCCUCUGCAAACAUUCGCGAACAAACGACGUUAUUCACUCGAACCGAGCGCUGGCUUUAUCGGUUUUUUUAACCUCGCCGCGUUCGCGCAUGCACCGUCGAAUCGUCAGCCGUGCGUCCGUGCACCUGGCAGCACUGUGCUAUGACACCGCUAGCAGCCAUUCAUUAUUAUGAUGAUGAAGAUGAUGAUGAUGAUGUCAAAACAACGGAAAACACUCUACUUCUUAAUAAAAAAUAAAAGGAAGAAAAAUAAACAAAAAAAGACAACUACUAUAACUACAGCUAACAGCGAAGCCUUCAAAUAUUUGUUGACAUGACAAACCUGUGCUGUGCAGCUUGACACCGCCAUUUUACAGAUACACCCACUCGACGUUCUGCUUACGGUUACAAUGAAGUGGGCAUUAUGUACGUUUUGCACAAGUAUCGUCAGAAUCCGCAUCAUAUUGCGUGUUUACAUGCGCUGCUUCGGAGUUCUGAUUGAUUGGCGGGAACUUUUUCCACUAGUUUGGGUUGAGGAUGGAACGCGAGAUUUUGAAUGAAGGACUUUCAUUUUGGUUACGCUUUGCAACUGCUCUAUUAUACAAGAUGGCACUAUUGUAAAUAUAUGAUAAUUUCAGAGCUGGUUAAUUUGCUUUACCGAAGAGUAAAGCGUCUGUACAGUGUGGGGGGAGGGGAAAAGCAGUAGUCAGUUCACCUCAUUUGGAAGGGGAAUUCAGUUCUGAAUCGACGCGGUUUCAGACGGGUUCCGAGAAUGUUGCAUUUUGCCUUCUAGAUCUUUCCGACACAUGAUCAUUCAGGUAUUCCAGGUUCGUUUGCAAGGAUAUGCAUUCAGUCUGUUGGAUUUCAGUGUCACCUGUCUUUCUCUCCCUUUCUGUCUCACGCUCGUCAGCUCCCUCCGUGUUAAUCGUUUCAGCUGCAACUGUUUACAUAGCAAUCUGGAAAUGUAGAGUUGACAAAACCAACAAGACAGAACAGAAAUUUUAUUAUAAAUAUAUAUAAGUAUAUACAUGAACUACUGAAUAUACUGUAAAUGUUUUUUUCUCUUUUUUGCUCUGUUCCUCUGUAUAUAGGUUUGCAUAUUUUAUAAUCUUUUACUUCUAUCUAGAAGGACUGGAUGACUUGAAAAAAAAAAAAAAAUGAAACUGGAUUAAAGCAGGUUAAACUCUAGUCCUUAGAGAUGCAUUAUGGUUGUAUGGUAUUUAAUCAAGGAAAGUAAAAAGAGCCAAUCAGAUUUAAUCAAAACAUUUUAACAGAACUGCUGCCAACAUGCAUAUUUAUUUGCCUAUUUAUGUACUCAUAUUUGUUCAUUUAUUUAUCGUUUCAUUUUAAAAUACUAAUAUAUGUAUUUUUAUCUUUUCAAUGUUUGUAUUUUUUUAUGUUUGUAACGACACCGAAUAUCAUUUUUGUCAUUUAAACGAUGCUUUUUUUAAAAAUAUAUUUUUACAUGUUUUUUGUAGUGUGAGACACAAUGGAACAAUGCAACUGGCAGAAUCAGGGUAAUUCUUUAUGGAGAAUGUAGAACUCAUGAAGGACUGGUGUCAAAAGUUUUUGCUGCACCUGUUAGAACUGUCUGCUGUUUUCUUCUGUUCUGCGAUUCCAUGCGUCUGUCAGAACUCCGAUUUGCUUCGCCGCUUUUUCGAACACACUGGAAAAAAGGAAGAAAAACUGCACUAAUCCAUCAGACUCUCAGCAACUCUUGUUUUAUAGCCUUUCUUCAUUAGCACUAACUGUCUUCAACUCAUCAGAAACAGUCUGAACUUACAGAAACAAUGCAGUAAAAUGGGGUUAAAAAAAAAAAAAAAAAAAAAGACAUUUUGAGCACAGUUGAGCGUGCUGGGUGGUAUCUGUGGAUUUUUGCCAAGCCUAUCACAAUGAGAUUGAGCUGUAUUAGCAGUCGGAGUGCUGCCACAGCUCCUGCCCUGUUCUCAACUCCACUUUUCUCUGGUCCCUAGACUCUCUUUUGUAAUUUUACUGAAUGACGCGUUUCCGCUUAAGCCCAGUAAUAAAGCACAGUGUAGAAUAAAGCAGCAUUAUGCUUG